AGGCUGCGCCGCUUGGGUGCUCGCCUGGAUUUUUCUAGCUGCCAUGGCAUGGCGUCGGAUAAUACACCUACCGCUGUUGCUGGCAGCUUGGCCAGCUGCUGCGGUGCCUGUGGUCAUUUCCGAUGCAGAAGCUGAGACUCUGCUGGGGCUCUCCCCAGACGCUGCGGGCAAAGGCUUUCAGCUGCUCAGCCGGCUGCGCUCGGAGAGUUGGUUAGAGCAAUGGCUCUGGAACCUACGCCUGCAGAUCCCAACGAUUAGUCAGGCCGCAGGUGGCUUCAACAUCAAGGUGAGCGAUGGCGUGUGCACCCACUUCAAGGUAGCCCACAUCACUACGCAGAGCGUGCCCAGCGGUCUCAGCGUCACUGCAUCCGGCUUGGACAUCCACUGCGACCUGAAGUGGGAUGCAAAGAACCUCCUGUUUCAUUUCUUUGGGGACGUGGACGCUGAGGUGAACGGUGCCAGCAUCGGUGGCCCCGUCACGCUGGCCUCGGACAGCUUGCAGCCGCCGCUCCCCCAAUCCAUCAAUGCCCACGGCUGCAGCGGCUCCAUUCAGGCAGAGCUGUCGUUUUCCGGCUCUGGAAUCUCGAUGGUGCUCGAGUUCCUCAAGCCAUUGAUCCAGUCGUACCUGAACAAGCGACUAUCCGAGCUCAUCUGCGGACAGGUGGACACCGCAAUCAACGAGCAAGGCUCCGCGGCCCUGCGCAACGUGAGCACGGCGGUGCGGAAGUUGCUGCAGGAGAGCCCCACACCGCCGCCCACACCUGUGGUGGAAGACCCGAAGCAUCAGCUCGUCGACUUCGGCAAGAACUCGGGCUUGGAACUUCUGCACAGCGUCAUCACCAAAGUCCUGGGGAACAACCAAUCUCCACACAGCGCGAACGCGCUGCUCGGCAAAGUGCUGGGCCCGGACGGCAACUUCUCCCUGGAUUCCGUGAUUGAUCUUCCUUUGUCCAAGGUUGUGAGUGUUGACAAGCUGGGGACCAUCAACAUCACCCUGCAGAAUUUGUCCUUCAGUCACUUGAACACGGUGAGCGCCAUGAACUUGCACAGCCCGCAGCCCCAGGAGGUCCAGCUGCUACUGGCCAUGCAGCAGAUGAACAUGCAAGCCAGGCUAUCCCUAGGCGUCCAGCCUGCUGGGCCCAUCUCUGGAGGAGAGCUACGCGAGACCUUCACAACCAGCCUGGGCAUGUCGGAGCUCACGGUGGGUGGCAAGGGGUUCUUGGCGCUGAACCAAAGCUACCUGGGGACCCUCGGCUUCGACCAGUUGACCGAGAUGGGCUGCGUAGCCAAAGGCACGGAUGCGGGAGCGCUGCUGCGGAGCAACAUGGGGGCCAAGAACAUCUCUGCCCAGCUGAUUCCAGAACAAGGAGGCCAAGGGGAUUUGGAGCAUGACUUGGAUCAUAUGCUGAACGUCGCAGCAGGCUUCCUGCUCGGAGCUUACCAAGAGGCACUCCAUGCCGCCGGCCAAAAGCUGCUCAUCAACAGAGCGAUGGAGAUGGUCAAUUCCGGGCUGCAAGCGAAACUGCAGAAUGCCGGCACAUGCCCACCUCCUUUUGAAGACUACAGCAACUUCACGCUCUCGGCCGUGGCACUGCUGAUUUCCCUGGCGAUGGUGCCCGGCGCAAUGCUGGUUGCAGCGUGCACCAAGCGGUCACGGAAGGAGUCCAGGCAAGUGCAAUUGUGCCAGGCCCAGUCAGUGGCAACCUCCAGCACCGAAACGGGACCCACCUCCCUCACGGUGGAGACGGGCAUGACAGGCAGAAGCAUAGGUCCCCCAACAGGGGCGCCGGUGGUUCACAGCUUGGCCUUCCACCCGCGCACGCAUCCUGCUUUGCGCUGGGCCUUGCCGAUGCUCAUGGUGGCGACCAUGCUGAUGUUCUUAUCCAGCAACUCCAGCGUGGCCGCCGUCGUCACGGUCUCGGUCAGUGCCAACGGCGAGUCCAUGGUUCACUUGCCGCCGACCUUUGGCUUCUCGCUGAUCGGAAGCAUCAAGGAUAUGAUCAAAGGAAAGGUCUACGGCCUGGCGGUGCUGAUCAUUUGCUUUAGUGGAAUUUGGCCUUAUGUGAAGCCCAUGUUGAUGAUGCUGUGCUGGUUUGCGCCUCCAUCCCAGCUCAGCGUUGCCAAGCGCCAGGGUUUGUUGAACUUCCUCGACGCAUUUGGCAAGUGGUCAUUGGUGGAUACGUUUGUGAUGGUGAUGUUCAUGGUGGCCUUCAAGUUUGACCUUAGCGCACCCACGAAGGGAUCGAACCUUCUAUCAGACAUUUUGAAGGAGUCGGGCGAUGAAGCGAGGAUCCAGGUGCAGGUGGAAGCCCUGCUCGGAUUUUAUACAUUCCUCAUCGCCAGCUUCGUGUCUCUGAUCUUGGGGCACAUCACCACUGCCUGCCACCGCUAUGCUCACAAGCUGGGCGAGUUUGGUAUGGAAAACAAUGUCCUCGAGAAACGGCGCUUGUGCUACGAGCUCUGCUCCAGACCAUUGGACGUGCAUGGACCAACCGCCGCCAUCAGCGUGUCCCUCUUGCUGGUUUUGUGUGGCACUUUCUUGUACACCUUCAACUUCAACUUCCUGGGCCUCGCGGGCUAUGCCUUGGGCAAGGAUGAGCAGCAGCGGCCAUUCUCGGUCUUCAGUCUAGGCAUGCAGAUCCGAGAUGCCAGCGCAGAUCCGAACGGCCUACCGAUCAUCCUGCUGCAAGGAGUCUUCUUUUUGUUCGCCAUGAUUAUCGUGGUGGCCUACCACGUGAUUUUGAUCGUGCUUUGGGCGGCGCCCAUGACCACCCGCAUGCAGAAGCAGUUCUUUCUCACUGCUCAGGUCUUCAAUGCUUGGAGCGGUUUGGACGUGUUUUGCGUGACGAUCCUCGCGGGCGUGUUGGAGAUCCGUCAGUUCGCGGGUUUCAUCGUGGGAGAUACCUGUGCAGCGGUGAACAAAUUCCUUGCCAAGAGCGCCCUCGCUGACAAGCUGCCAGGUGGUCCCACCUGCUUCGAUGUGGAUUCCACGCUGCGCGCGGGGUUUCCAGUCCUAGCAAUCGCAGUCGUGAUCUCUACGGUGACAGGGCAGGUGAUGCUGUCGAGGUGCAGCCACGCCCUGUGCGAGCCACGCACCAAUGCCGACUUGGUGGAGGAAGCCUAGUCGAGAGGUUGGCACGCAUCCAGCAGACGGCGCGCUGUAGACUUAUGAGGGCAAGAUAAGUCAACGAUGCGAUUCUUCCUUGCAUAUGAGCCGAACCACAAAUCAGCAUGGCCGUUCUUUUCAC